CUAGCUUCAUCUCUCUCUUCGACGUGGUCAACUUGUCGCGCAAUUCUCCAGACGAAAGAAAGAAAAAAAUUGGCUAAAGCCCAAAUAUCUCCGCUGAUGACUAUCUCCUCGCCCGCUCUCUAAUGAAUAAUUGACCCCCCGUCCGUUCCUCGUACCGUCUCUCGUAACGUGAACGACGACCGCUUGCGGCGGCCACAGCGCGCCAUGACGAUGUCCCCCCCGGGUUCGCCAACGAGCAUGCCUCCGCGCCCCAUCAGUGCCGUUCUGCGGACACCGAGGAGCAACAGUCGCUUGAGCAUUAGCAGUAAACAAGGCGGUGGAAGUCGAGCGUCGGAUGAGGAUUCGAGAACGGCCGUCAAAGUUGCGGUCCGUGUGCGACCCCCCUUGAAACCCACGGAUCCCGGCUAUGAGUUGAUUCCCCAGCGCUUUCAACGGCCCAUGGUUCACGUCACAUCCCCCACCAACCUAGCCAUUGAUGUUCCACAAGGCCGCAAGCUAUUUGUUUUCGAUCGGGUCUUCUCCGAAACGGUAGAUCAGCAGGGCAUAUGGGAAUACCUCAGUGAAAGUGUGAACUCGUUCAUUCAGGGCUACAAUGUGUCUAUCCUGGCCUAUGGCCAGUCCGGUGCGGGGAAAUCCUACACCAUGGGAACAUCGGGCCCAAACGAACAGCAUGACACCACAGCAAUGGGUGUCAUCCCACGCGCAUCCCAGCUUCUCUUCGAGAAGUUGGACGGGCCCUUGCGGUCCAACCGCAACAGUCUUUCCGGCCUUCGAACGCCAACCCGAUAUUCGGUGGGAUCCGCCUCGGCACUCGCAAAGAAUUCUUUUGAGAAGAAUUGGCAAAUGAAGGCUACUUAUGUCGAGAUUUACAACGAGCAAUUGAGAGAUCUCUUACUCCCCGAAUCCACGCCAAUGGGUGACCGCAACGUUAUUACGAUCCGCGAGGAUGCGAAGGGUCGGAUCAUUCUAACUGGCUUACACCAAGUUAACAUCAAUUGCUUUGACGAUCUACUCUCCGCGCUGAAUUUCGGCUCCUCUAUCAGGCAAACAGACUCCACUGCGAUUAAUGCAAAGUCUUCCCGCUCCCACGCCGUCUUCACUCUAAAUCUCGUCCAGCGUAAGUCGUCGGCUGCUAUUACGUCCCCGAAGGAAAAGCGCAUGUCAAUGCCUGUCGACGGUACAUUUGCGUCCGACGCCUCGGUCACCGUGGAUAGCAAGCUUCACUUCGUCGAUCUGGCGGGUAGCGAGCGGCUGAAGAACACCGGAGCCUCGGGAGAACGCGCAAGGGAAGGUAUUUCUAUCAAUGCUGGUCUGGCUGCCUUGGGGAAAGUCAUCUCGCAGUUAUCGUCUCGUCAAGCCGGUGCUCACGUUUCCUACCGCGACUCCAAACUCACACGACUUCUGCAAGACUCUCUUGGCGGUAACGCUAUUACGUACAUGAUUGCAUGUGUCACCCCGGCUGAGUUCCACUUGAGCGAGACGUUGAACACCGUGCAAUAUGCGCAGAGGGCGAGAGCCAUUCAAAGCAAGCCCAUGAUUCAGCAGGUUGCGGAUGACGGAGAUAAGCGUGCAGCCAUCGAGAGACUGAAGGCCGAAGUCGCCUUUUUAAGGCAGCAGAUCAGCAACGCAGAAAACAGCGACCGACGAAAUGGCUUGACGCCUGAACGACCAGAGAGGCACACGAGUCGUGAGCGGGAGCUGCAGAACCAACUUCUAGACAUCCAGGAGCGAUACAACGCGCUGAGUCAACGCCAUGCAAAACUUAUUUCCGAGCUCACGAAAAGCUCGAGCUCCAAGGAUGAUGUCGAUGACGCUACCUUGGCGGUUGGGACGAGCUCCGUGGAAAGACUCAAGCGGUCUCAUUCGUUUGCCGAAUCUGUUGAGCAAGUCGUCCUCGAGUACGAAAAGACGAUCCAGAGUCUCGAGUCAUCGCUUUCGGACACCAGGUCUUCCCUGUCCACGACAGAGAGCAUUCUUCUUGAACGUGAAACCAAGUGCGCCUACGCGGAGACUCUCAAUGCACAGCUACAGGCGCGACUCCAAAAGGCGAUGGACAGGGAAGUGAACACAGAAUCCUACCUCCAGGAUUUAGAGCGGAAGCUGGACGGCCAGUCUUUCGGUGAAGAAAAGCAAGCUGCAAUUGUAGCCGAGCUGCGCAGAGAGCUCAGUCGUGUCCGCGAGAGCGAGGCCAAUUGCGAGGACUACAUCUCAACGCUGGAAGAACGCCUGGCUGAAGCAGACCAGGAUAUGGAACUUAUGCAGCGGGAAAUGGAGCGCUUGGAGCAUGUCAUCGAACGCCAAAGGAGCCUUGGAAAGUUGGAUUCUUUGCUUCAUGAACUGGACCGAAUGGAGAAUGGUUCCGCGAAUGAUCAGCACAAGACAAAUGGAGGAAGCCACGAUGAUGGUAGUGUUAUUCGUGCUCCUCCACCAAACAACCUUCGACACUCAAGGAAGAGAACGAUAUCCCUCGAUGUCCUGACUGAGGCUGUUGAAACGGCCAUCCCUGAAUCCGACGAUGACGCUCUCGCCGAAGGGACACCGGAAGUUCGAGGUGGCGAUGCAGUUCAGGCGCCAGAGCCCGAUCAUGAGCAGAAAAAUUCUGAUCUGGAAGCCCUAGAGAAAGCGACCGCUAAUUUAACCGCGAAGCCAACUCUUGCCGAGGAGGAUGAUCCGCCGCAUAGCCCGGCCCAAUCUAAAUUUAUCGCUGAUAAGCUUGAUACUGUCACUCAGGAGCUAUUCGACUUGCGCAUGCAGCAUGAAUCCACCUUGAGUGAGUAUGAACUUCUGGAAACCAAGUACGAAGAAGCCCUGAAAGCUCUGGCGGAGCUGCGCCAAGAUGCCGCUGAUGAAGCCCGCCAUCCCGCAUCCAUUGUUGAAGACCUGGUACCUCGCUCUCGACCGGACUCUUUUUUAGGCGACGGCAAAGCUCCAAGCCCGCACCAACCUGGCACACAACCCGCAUUCUCGCAAUCGCUCUCGUCGGAGUUAUCCUUGGCCGGGGAGCCUGCUCCUUCGCAGGAACUGCCUAAUGGUGCGGACUUGGAGCCCCAACAGUCGGAGGAGGAGAAACUCAAGGAGCAAGAGAUCGAGCAUAUGCGCAAGCUUCUCGAAGAGCACCAGGAAGGUGUGAAUAUAAUGACCCAGAAGUAUGCGGAACUUCAAGCCGAACACGACGAAACCUUGGGAUUGGUGGAGAGGCUCAAGCUGGAACUCCAGCGGCCCAAGCCAUCCACUUCGCCACCUACAACACCUGGUUACAAGACGCCGGUUAUUCGACGGAUGACUAGCCAGAAUCUCAUGUCUACGGUCGACCGUGCUCAUCGCUCUCUCGGUGCAUUGCGUAACAUUGGGCUUGAGGAGUUCGAAGGCCGUCCCGAUGUCUUGCAGAAUUUCGAAAUGCACCUCGACGCAGCGAUCCAUGAACUUCAUAGUCGUGUAGACCGCAUUCAAGCUCUGGAGGCCGAGAACGCCAGUGUGAAGAAGGAAAUGGAAAUGAAGAGUACUAUUAUCUCGGGCCUAACAAGAGAACGGUCGAGUUUGCAGGGAGGUUCAUCGGUGGACAUGGGUCUCGUCUCCCAGUUGCGUGAUCAGAUAGUGCAGCAGGAGAUCCAGCUCAAUACCCUGAAGGAAGCCCAUGACAACAGAGAGAAGCAACUAUUGGCCGAGAUUGAGAGUCUGCAUAGUCUUCUCGAAUCUCAUGAGGCGGCAGCUACGACGGCCCAGGCUGCGGUUGCAGCUUACGAAGAGAAGGAAAGGCAACUGCUCUCUGAGAUUACAAAGCUUCAUGGCCUCUUAAACUCCAAAGACGCUGCAUCCAGAAGCCGGGGUGCUACACCCGACGGGGAAAAGAAGGAGUUACUCGUUGAGGUUGAGCGACUACAAGGCCUUCUCCGGUCGCAUGAAGAUGCCGCUCAACAGCGGCGUGCAGCUUCUGAGGAACAAGACAGGAGAAUCGAUUUCCUCGAGGACGAAUUAAACGAAUGGAAAUUCAAACACCAGCAAGCUGUUAAUUCAUUGCACUCUACCCAAACUCAGCUCAACACAGCCCUAGCAGACCUGGAUACUGCCUUGGCUUCGGUCGACGCCAUGUGUGCCGAGUGCAACGCUGUCAGGAAGGGAUCGACGGACACAGAAAUACUGUCACGAGACCUAGCCAAUGAUAGGGAGAUGCGAGAGAAAGUGAUCCAAAACCUACAGCUAGAGAUUGAGGAGCAUAAGGCGACGAUUGCAGGUCAGCUUGAUACCAUCGCUAGUCUGGACAGCUCACACGCUGCUGCUAAAAAUCAAUUAUCGGAGCACCUCGCAAAGAAGCAAGAGGAUGACAGCGAGCUAGAGACGUACCGGCAGUAUAUCUCUGACUUGGAAAAGGAGAUCGAAAUGCAUAAAUCAGCUGUUGCGUCGCGAGAGAAGGACAUGGUUUCUCUACAGGAGUCUCACAAGCUUGAAUUGGAGGAGCUCCAGACUCAUGCAGCAGCAGCAGCGCAAGCUGAAUAUGAGUCUCGCCUUGCCGUGAAGAAUGCUGAACAAGAGAAAGUAUUGAAUGCCCUGAGAUCUGAGAUGUCUGAGUCGAGGGAUGAGCUAGCUGGGUUGCUCAAGACAAUUUCCGGGAUUGUCAACUCGGAGGUUACUGUGCAUACGUUGGCUGAACAGAUCCAGGAGAUCGUUUCGCAGAAGCAGCAUUUCUCUGAGAAAUACGCCGAGCUUAUGGAGACCAAUGAGAGUCUCGUUAACCAGUUGAACCUCAAAAACUCUACAGAUACCCAACUGAAGGAAGUGACUACAUCGGAUUCCCGGGACGAUUUGGCGAGAUUGCUCAAGACGGUUUCUGGAAUUCUCAAUUCGGAAGUUACAGCGACUACGUUGACAGACCAGAUUGAGGACGUCUUGGCCCAGAAAGAGCAUUUCUCUCAAAAGUAUGCUGAGCUCAUGGAUGUCAAUGAGGGUCUCCAGAAGCAGAUGGAAGCGCACGCGACGGCAGAUACCCGUCUGGAUGAACUUACACAGAAGAGCUCCCAGCAGGACGAGAAGAUUAGCGAGCUGUCCCAAUUGGUUGCCUCCCUCGAGCAGACUGUGCAACUGAAGGAUGAAGAAGUUCGGAAGAAGGAGGCCAUUAUUGAGGAGGUUACGGCUGAGAAGCAGCGAAGCGUGCGUCUAGUCGAGGAGCUUGAAGAGCAAAUUACGAGCACCUUCGACCAGCACCACAACCGACUCUCUGUCAUGCAGCACGAGCGCGAUAAGGCACUGGAAGACGCGAAUGUGAAGAUCUCCGUCUACGAGAAAGAGAUUGAGUCGUAUCGCGUGCGGAUUGAGCAGCUCGAGCUUCAGGUGAAAAAUCAGGAGAAUUCACACGACCGCAGUAAUUCGGUCACGUCCAACUUACGGAAGAGCUCUUCUGUGGCUUCUCUCCCCUCUCCACCUCCUGCCAUUCCUCUCCCCCCGCUUCCUACUAUUGCGGGCAACGCUGGAAGUGUCUCUCCUCCCAACUCUCGGCACGCCAGCAAAGAUCUCGCCAAUUCCCACCUAGUCGAAGAUCAGGAAAGCCGCAUCCGCACAAUUGAGAGAAACCUCUACGCCGAGAAGCAAUUAACGGCGACUUUAGAGGAAGCACUGGGAGACCUUGAGGAGCAGAGCAACAAGGUGAAGGCUGACUGCGAAGCUUGGAAGAAGAAGGCCGCACUCCUUGAUGAGGAGUUGGCCACCCUCCGCAAGGAACGCAACUCGGCGCGGCUCUCACUCCAGGCUGUGGAACAGGAGAGAAUUGCUAGACGGGAGGCUGAGGCUGCUAGAGCCCAGCUCGAAGAGCGCAUGGCCGCGCUCAGCAAGAAAAAGAAGAAGAGCACAUUGAACUGUUUCUAAGGGUCGCUUAGAAUCCAGUUCCGAUCUUGUCUGUCUCAGACACUGCGGACAGAUGCUUUUCUUUCCUUGAUUUGGAAACUAUUGACUGCUUUGUUACGAUCUCCAUGUUGAUUUCCGCAACCCUUGAACCCCCUUGCCCCCUAUCACAUACACUCACACGAAAUCCAAUGUCUCAAUGCCCACCUUGUGUGUAUUCCCUUCCACCCAUGUUGAUAGAACCCUAUGCUUCUGUAUUUACCUCCAUUUCUUAUGAUCUCACUUCACGUCCUGUUCGUUUGAUUUCCGGUCAUUGGCUUAUGUCCAACGUACAUUUAUUCCCCCUGUUGAUUUGACCUUGUGGAUUUUUACCGUUUUGUUCUUCCGUAUUCUUUGUCUUCUUUGGUUGUCUUCUCUUGAUUCCCGGGUGCGCAAGGCCCUUGUGUCCUAUACGUUUCUGUCUUUUUCUUUUGGAAUCUUUCAAGUCCAUUUCCAUAUACUCUCUCUACUUCAAGUAUGGAUACCAACAGUGACAUAGUAUCUUCGCCUCAACGGAAUCAUUGCAGCUAGACUAACACAUCUUUGCUGCCGUAGGAGGCUCUCGAGGUUGAACAAAUGUCUAUACGCCUCGCCAUGUAGACGAUUAUAUCUAUUUUCUCUUCUCC